UAGUUGUGUGCGUUUUACUGUCAUGUCCUCGAUUAAACACACCGAUCGAUCAUUGAAUUGUUCAUAACCCACAAUAAAUUGUUAUGUCUAAAAAACAACUUAUAAAUAAUAUAGUGACGCCUAGGAAUAUAUAAGUUUAAUUAUCAAAUAAAAUUGUUAAUAUUAAUUUAUUAAUUAUUGUGUUUAUAAAUAAUUACAAGUAAAUAAAACAAAAAUGGAUGUACGUGGUGUUGAAGUGACAAAUCAGCUUAGAAGUGCUAUUAGAGCAAAACUUUUAGAACUUGGUGUUCGUUAUGAUGAAGAACUUCCUGAUUAUAUUCUCGUGAUGGUUGUAAAUAAAAAAAGUCGUCAACAAAUGCAUGAAGAUCUUCAUCUUUUUCUUGAUGAAAGUACAACACCAUUUGUCGAUUGGCUUCAUGAUCAAGUUUUAAAAAAAUUACAAAAAGUAUCAGUUGCUAAAAAAAAAUCAACAAGAGAAUUUGUACCAACUGUUGUUGUUAAACAAGAAGAAGAAAGAAAAAAAAAAAAGAAUAUUGCAUUAACUGAAGAUUUAAAAAUUAAAGUAGAAGAACAAACUGCUGAAAAAACAACAAUAAAAAUAGGACAAAAAGAAAAAACUGUUAAUGAUACAUCAGGAAUUUCUAAUAAUAAACAACAAGACGUUAAUAGAGCACGUACGAAAACUCCAGAAACACCAAAUACUCCAAAAAUUCCAGAUAGCUCAAUGAAUAUCAUAGAAGAAUCUGAAAAACCUAUUAAUACUUUUACAGCAGUAUCAAAGAAAAUAAUUUAUGAAGAAAAAACACCCGAACGUAUUGAAAAAAAUAAUGAAAAAAUUGAAACAUCAAUUGAUAAAACAAUUGAUGAAGAUAUAACACCUGAAAAAAAAUUAAAAUCAUGUGUUAAUAAACCUAGAAUAACAUCUGUUGUAUCAGUUAAAACACGUCUUGGUAUAACAUCACCAAAAAAAAAAAUUGAUAAUCAUUAUAAAGAAAGAAAUGAACGUAAUGAUACUGAUAAUAAUCGUAAAAUUGAUAAACCAUUUUAUGAACCAAUGAAUAGAAGAAGUAAUAAUAAUAACUAUCGCAAUCGUAAUUUUGAUGAUGAUUUAUCAAUUAAACAAAGAAAUGAAACAAGUAAUAGACAAUUUAUAUCAACAAAUAAUCGUAAUCGUAUUGAUAAAAAAAAUGAAAAAGAUUUAGAUACUAAAAUUGCAUCAGUAUCAAAAUUACGAGGUGAAAUAUCAUCAGGUAAUGAUAUUAAAAAACGUCUUGGUAUUGGUAACAAAAUUAUCAAACAAAAUGAAUCAUUCAAUGAUAAUUCAAAUGUUAAAAAUAGACUAGGAGCUGUUAAAAGAAAAUUUCAAGCAUUGGGAAGACUUGGAUCAAGUCCAGUCAAACGAGGUCGUUCUGUCAACAGAGAAGAUGAUAAUUUUUAUAAAGGGGAAUCAAAUUUCCAUAAAGAACAUCAAGAACAACAACAUGAAGAUGAUGACAUAGAAAAAGAAGAUGAAGAUGAUGAUGAUGAUGAAGAAACAAAAGCUCCAGUAAAAUCUCAUAUUAUUGCUGUUAAUAAAAUUGUGUCAGAAAAAACAGACAAACGAUUAAUUAAAAAUAAAGAACAAAAAUUUGAUGAAGAAGAAGAAGAACAUGCAAAUAAAGGUCUUGCAAGUAAAAUAAUUGUAACACCAAGACCAUUAAAACCACUUCAACCAGUACAAAAAAGAGCAACACAAUCACUUUUACUACGUGCUGUUGCUGAAGCAAAUAGAUCUGUUGUUAAACAAAAAAAUCCGGAGCCUAUUAGUCCGGAAAAAAAUCCAGUAUUAAAACGUCCGAUGCCAUCAGGUACAAAUGCAAGAGAAGUAGGUCAAAAUUUAUCGGUUCGUCUUAAUGCGACAAAACGUUUGGUUAUGGAAAAAAUUCAAGUUGAAUUAACAAAUCCAGAAUCAUUAUCAGACACUGAACCAGAACCAUAUAUACCAAGAUCUGUUACUGAUGAACAAAUGGGAGUUGUUAUGUCACUAUUUCAGCAUGGUAAUGACACUCAAAAAUUUCUAGUCACAUUAAAUGGUUACAGCAAUAAUUCAAUUCAAAAUAUACCUGCUAUUGAUGAUGACACUGAUGCUGUUGAUGCUGUUGAUACUAUUGAUACUAUUGAUGAAUAUGAGGUAAAUGAAAAUGUACUUACAAGUCAACAAAAUGAAUUAUUAUCAGAUAAUAAUAAUGUAAAUAAUAUUGAUAAUUCAGAGGACAUUGAUAUGACUGAUAAAAUAGAUGAUUAUGAAAAUAAUGAAAAUCAUUGUAUUGAAAAUUUAAAUAUCAAUGAUGAAACACCAAGAAAACGUAGAAAAUUAAGUCCAAUUGUUUAUUCAAGAUCACCAUCACCAAAUCCAGUGCAAAAAAAAAUUAAAUUAACAACUGGUUUUGAAAAAAAACCAGCUGUUACGACAAUAAUAAUUAAUGAAAAAUCAAGAGAAAAAUGUAGGUAUUGGCCAAGUUGUACACUUGGAGCAAAAUGUGCAUAUGUUCAUCCUCCAGUUCCAUGCAGUGCAUUUCCAGCAUGUAAAUUUGGUGACAAAUGUGCUUAUAAACAUCCAAAAUGUAAAUUUGGUCUUUCAUGCACUAAACUUGGCUGUGUUUUUUCACAUCCAUCACAGCAAUGUAAAUAUCAUCCAUUUUGUACAAAAUCUGGAUGUGUUUAUUUACAUCCCACACCUAUUAUUCAUCAGCCACAAGUAACACCACAAUUAAUAUCAACAUCAGUAGAAAAAGUUAGAGGUAAAUUCACCUGGCGACGACAGGACUGAACAUGCUGUUGUUUUUUUUUUUUUUUUCAAAUCUUUAUUUAUUUAUUCAUUUAUUGCUUUAAUUUUCAAUAAUUAUUUAAAAAAGUUAUUUAUAUAAAUAAACUUUGUUAUUAAUAAAUGUUUUCUUUUUUUUUUUUUUUUUUUUAAGGAACAAAAUUUUUGUACAACCGUCAAAAAAAAAUUUCUAAUAAUUUUUGUAAAUGAAAAUUUAUCAAAAUAUUUAGAAUUCGUAUGAUCAAUUAUAAUAAAAAAUUUAUAAGAAAGAUGUUGAAACUUUUCAGUCAUUUUUAGUGUACUUAUAAAAUAAAAAUUGGUAGGUGAAUUUAAAUAAACUGUAAAAUAAUGUGAAUAUUCAUGUAAUAUAAUAACUCUUGUAUAUAAUUACUUUCAAUAACAAUAUUAAAGCAAACACAA